ACUGUAUUGCUGGCCGGACACAACAUGGCGGCCUCCAGGGGAUAAUUCAUGCUGUAUGCUGACACCGGUAUCUGGCUCUCUUCUCGGAUCGUGCUUCAUCGUCGUCGCUGGUGUUUCUGGCUUCCAUCAUGUUUGCCAAGGUCUUCAAAACCAAAUCCAACACAGCCAUCAAAGGCUCGGACAGGUAUACAGCCGCUAUCCCACCCCAAUAACAAUAUUGCUCCCCUGCUUACAGCCAGCCACAGGGGGGAUACUGCCGAGCUAUGAUCUCACACAUGUGCAAAAUGUAAACACGUUGAUUACUUAUCUUUACUAUACAACGGCAUGGCACUUUAGUAUAUACAGUAACUAUGUCCAUAGACUUUACUAGAUCUGAUUGAAAUAGUUUAUCUUUGUAUUAAAAAAACAAAAAAUGUGUGUGUAUACACACACACACUCUCUCUCUCUCUCUCGUACUUUUUUUUAAUUUUUUUUACCCUAUACAUACUUUAAGGUGGGUUAGCAGUCACUGUAAAUAGAUUGUGGUUGUCCUUAUUUGCUGGUGCAAUUAUUGUAAUAUUGCCUUAUUGUUAUAGUGGUGACACUGGCACAAUAUAUGUAAGGACCGAUCUGAAACACAGACUGCAGUAUAUUUACAUGUAUGUAUUGCCCCAUCUAAGCAUCAUUUAAACGGGCAAAUAUUGUUUUCAUAAAUGUAUGGCAUUAAUAUAUACUACUAAUGCAUGGUGUGAGUGACACUAGGCAUUGAGAGGGCUACAAUGUCAAGGCAAUACCAGAACACAUGGCCUGUCCAGGAUUAGUGGGAGCUAUUCUUUUAGACUGCAGCUCUUUACUAUUGUUACCAUUAAGUUAGACUUUUACAAAACACUCAUAUGCAAGGAAGAGAGAAGGAGAGAUAGAAAUAAUGUGAUUCUUUAUCUCAUGUUUCUCUCCUGGGAUAUAACUAAAGUCAGAGUGGCUAAUUUAAAGGGACACUCUAAGCACCAUAACUGCUACAGUGUUCUGUAGUGGUUAUGGUGCCAGGAAUGCACUAGUGCCCUCUUAUUGUAAGGAGUAAAACCAUUUUAGAUAGGUAACUGGCAGGCACUGCUCCCCACCUGCACUACUGUUCAGAGAGUGCCAAAAGUUCUGUUCACUGAGUUAAGCACAGGGAGCUUAUGGUUCUCGCAGAAUUCUAGAGGAGGUGGGGAGCGGCGCCUGCUGGACCGCAGGUAAGAAGUCAAACUGUUAUUAAAUGGUUUGACUCCUUACAAUUGGGGGUGCCUCAGUAGUUCUAGUGCUUGAAGUGUUCCUUUUAAAAGUCCUUAGUUAUACCCUCUUGAUUGUCAAUCAGAUAGUUAAAGGACCACUAUAGUGCCAGGAAAACAUACUAAUUUUCCUGGCACUAUAGUGCCCCCACCCUCAGAGUCACCCUCCCGCCGGGUUGGAUGGAGAAGAAGGGGUUAAACUUACCUCUUUCUCCAGCGCCGGCGAGGAGCUCUCCUCUUCGGCUGAAUGAGCAUGCGCGGCAGGAGCCGCACGCGCAUUCAGCCAGUCCAUAGGAAAGCAUUCACAAUGCUUUCCUAUGGACGCUGGCGUCUUCUCACUGUGAAAAUCACAGUGAGAAACGCGGAAGCCCUCUAGCGGCUGUCAAUGAGACAGCCACUAGAGGCUGGAUUAACCCUAACAUAAACAUAGCAGUUUCUCUGAAACUGCUAUGUUUAUAGAAAAAAGGGUUAACCUUAGAUGGACCAGGCACCCAGACCACCUCAUUAAGCUGAAGUGGUCUGGGUGCCUAUAGUGGUCCUUUAAGGAGGGCUUUCUGCCUCACUCACUUUGAGCACUCUUUCAAAGCAGAAUGCAAUGCCUUUCAGUGUGAGGCUUUCACACCAUGUUUCUUUAUGAGAAGCAUUUGAGUGUUGCACAUGCACCGUAUGUCCCCAUUUCUUCUCUAUGAGAAGGACUGGACUGGACCAGACAUGAAAUAUCACAUAACAAAGUCAAACUAUUGUGUAGUGGUUUUGUGAUUACUAUAAAGUUGAAAUCUCUGCAUGGCAAAUCUUUAACUUUAAAACCAUAAUUCAGUCCCUUCAAUAUUUGUUUUGCUUUAACACUGGACAUACUGACUCCUACCGCCAUGGCCACGUCAAAUCAAUGAAUUGGUCAUGGUGGUUGGAGUAACCCUUUAUACAGGUGAAACUAUGGUAGAAUGGACACCAAAAAAGCAUUGGUUACAAACUUGUUGCAUCUCAAAAGAGCCUUGAUCCUUGAGGGAUUAAACAGUACAAUACAUUUUUCCUAGAUUGAAAUACUUUUUAGCAAUAACAUAACACAAUCUUCCUCUGAAAGUACAACCUGGCUUGAUAGAUAAAUUAAAUACAUUCUCAGUCAUUAGUAUAAUCAAUGUCCUUACUCGGUUUUUAGUCAUUUUGAUAUUUCCCAUUUCCUUAUGAAAGUAGGUAAAUUUGGCAAACUAGGCAAUUUUAGCCCCAGAGCUAAGCAGAGUUAAAUGUGACCUAGA